AUGACCCGUGGAAAUCAGCGUGAACGCGAUCGCUUGAAGGCGCAGAAGGCCGCCUCGUCCCAGAAGAGCAAGAACGGUAAAACGGGCUCUGAAAUGCAGCGCGACAAAGAGCAGGUCGCGCAGAUCAUGCGUCAAAAGCAGCAAGAAGCCGAAGAAAAGAGAAAAGCAGAAGCUGCAAAAGCAGGCUCGAGUAGUGGAGGCGGAAAAUAG